AACCGCAUAAAUAUAACACGAAUCAUGAUGAUCGCACUCAAUCACGUUUGACGGUUCAUAUUGUGGCUAUCGCUAGAUAUAAUGAUUAAACAUAUUUAACAUUUUGUCUCUUUGACCUGAAUUAGUGAAGUGACACAAUUACUCGGAUUUAAAAAGAGUAAAGUAUAUGCCUCGGAUGUGUACACUUGUUCAACUCUGUGUUACACGUUAAAGGUAUACUAACCGGAAGAGAGUCCCACUUACCACUCGAACUUAAUGAUGUGAUGCAAUAAUAAUUGUUUUCACAGAGAAACACGGACUAAUACGAAACAACACAGAUAAUUACGGAACAACACGGAAAUCUACGAUGUUACUCAGGCUGAAUACAGCAAUAUUCCAGGUAUUGCAGUAAUAGAGUUGAAGUUUAGUAGAACAACAAUGUUAUAUUAAUGCAUAAUUGCGCAAUAUGACUUCUUCGAUGAUUUAUUAAAUUUUCAUAAAUUUGGUGAUGAUAAAAAAAGACUUAAAGGGGACCAACGCAUACGGUGAUCUACUGGUAAAACUAGAUCAGAUAUUGAAUUUUCAGACUAUGACGACAAACUAAGAUGCUUGUAAUAUAGAUGAGCUCAGAGUUCGAUGGGCAAAGAAUAAAGACACACUGCAGACCAAACAAAUGCUUGUGCUUAUACAUUGAAAAUACAGACGACAAAGGUGUUUUAUCUGUAGAAUAUACAAAGAUCUGCUCUUCCCAAAGCGCAGUUUAAGUAAAAGAAAAGAGACAGGAGAGUAGAGGCACCAGGUUUGAAAUUUUUUAAUUUUGACCAAGUGUAUGUACAAAAUGAGUGUUACAGUUUCUCCUGAAGAUCCCUUACAAAAUAAUUUUAACAGAACAGAGACGCUACAGCAACUCAACAAUCGCUAUGCCGAGGCUCUGUUACCACUGACCGUGACCUUUGGCUUCUUUACUGUGUUUGGAAUUGUCGGAAAUUUGAUAAUUAUUCUAGUGUUUUCUCUGAGUCGUGAUUAUAAACGAAAUAACUUUAAAGUAUUUGUUCUAACAUUAGGUGUUAUAGAUAUUAUCACGUGUUUUACAUUAAUUCCAGCAGAAAUGAUUAAACAAAGAAGUUAUUUUGCAUUUGGAGACGAGGUGUCCUGCAAGGUGAAGUGUUUCUUUAAUGUAUUUGUUUCGACGGCAUCGUGUUUGUCGCUACUAGUAAUUUCAGUGGACAGAUACCGUAAAGUUGUACAGCCUUUCAAAAAACAACUAACCCCAAGACUUGCUGUUCAAAUACUGCUUAUCGUUGGGUUCGUUUUCCCGCUCUUUUUGGCAGUUCCAGGGACCAUUAUGUGCGGAAUAAAGCGGGAAAAUAUGACGAACAUCUACGGAGGAUUUACCGAAAUCAAUUUAUGCGAAACAGAAGAUAAAUACCGAGAUUCUAUAUGGAGAAAGAUAUAUAAAAUUGUUCUUAUAAUUUUAUUGAUAGGUAUUUCGUGCUGUUACGUGGUUCUAUACGUAUUUGUCAUGAAAGAAGCUAUCAAACAGAUAAAAGCUAUUUCUCUGUUACGCAAAAGUUCUUUAUACGAAGUGACGUAUAGUUCAGACGUUUACGAUCCAAAUGCAAUAAAUCUGGACGCCGUCAAUACCAAACGUCUGUUAGACAUCUAUAGGGAAAACACAGAAGAAAAAGACGCGUUUCAAAAACAAUCUGUUACCUUCGAGAAUAAUUCACCGAGUCCGAAAAACACAAAUCGGAAGAAAGUGUCCAAACAACUAAGUUCAAAGAGCUUGCGCAGUGAGACUCCAAUUAUACGAACUACUCGGUUUCCAACCAAAACAUUAGUUUGGUUUGUACUGACGAUUGUUUUUAUAAUAACUUACUUAACUCAUCUAAUUCUCGCUCUUAAAGUAUCAGAAAUUGUCAACAUGUCACCUAGUGAAUUUUCGUGGUUUUCAUUUUUCUUCAGGAUCUAUUUUUUCAAUCAUAUGAUCAAUCCGAUUGUGUACGCAAUAUUUGUGAAGAAAUUCAGGGAAUCAUGCCGGACAUUAAUACCCACGUUGAAAGCAAGGGUGCGUGAUAUUUGUAUAUGUCAGAAGUGACAAUUCUGUGAGACCAUAAGUUUGUUAUUUCUUCCAUGACCACGAAGCUAUAAAUCAAAUUCAUAUCCUAUGUUCUAUAUUUGACUGUUUAUCUUCAGUUGAACAAAUAAAUGUAUUGCUAAGAAUUCACAAUGGAAAAUAAAUAAUAUACUAUAUGUAUUGAACAAAAUUGUAUUCUUUACUACCUUUGCAUUUCGUUUGCAAGAAUAAACAAUCAAUUUGACCACUAA